AUGACUACUCAAGAUAUAUUUCAGAUGCAAUUUUCUUCUAUUAUGGAGGUAUUAGUAAAUACUGCAAUUGCCGAAAUGGGCAGACAACUUGACGCAAUUUCUGCAACUGUUUUACCUUUGGAGAUAACCCACUCUCGAUUUAAUAGUUCCCUCAAGAAGAAAUUGCAGAUGGAGAAUAAAAUCAAAACCCGUGAAUUUGCUUACUUCAUGGAGGUUCUUGGCAAAACAGCGGUGGACAAAAUGAUGAUGGUUUUCAAUAAGGAGAUAUUUCGGAAGGGAUCUAUCCAAGCCCACCAGACUGACAGGAGCCAAAGUCUGCUGCAAAACGCUUUAAAUGUGAAUACAGAACACAGAAGUCUGACAGAAUAUGAGCCCUAUGCAGAUGAGGCUGAUAUACCCCCUGACUGCGCUACCGGCGUGAAACAGCAUAGGCUCGUUCACACGGGAGAACAGCCUUAUUGCUGUGAUGUAUGCGGCAAAAGAUUUAGCCUCUCAGGUAAUCUGAAAAGACACCAGAUAGGUCACACAGGACAGAAACUACAUGUGCAACUCACGAAAAAGUACAGCUGCAGUUACUGCGAGAAAAAGUUUUCAUUGAAAAGUUCACUCUCUAUACAUCAGCGCGUGCACACGGGAGAGAAGCCUUACACUUGCCGAGUCUGUGGCAAGGAACUUCGUACAGUGACCUGUAAUGGGGUCAAUUGA